AAUUUCAUUCUAGGUUUAUGAGGAAGCUGGUUCUGAUUUUCAUCAAGUUGCCUAUUUUAAAACAAGGAUUGGAUUAAGGAAUGCCCUUCAAGAAGAAAUCAGUGGUUCUUCACAUAGAGAAGCUGUGCUUAUUACCUUGAAUAGGUCAAUUGUUUACCCACAACCUGUGGCCUUUGACAGAGUCUAAUCACACUGGAGACCUUGACACUGGUUCUGCUUUGGUAUUGACCAUUGAAAAUACUCUCAUCAUUGCUUAUUCUUCGGAGUCUCUGGUUAGCAAAGGACAUUUCAAAAACUUUUGUAUCCAUUUUGCUGAUGGCUUUGAGACAUCAUGGGAUGACUGGAAAUCUGAAAUUCGUGGAGAUCUUGUGACAAAUGCCUGAAGCUGUAGAUUAUCGAAGACAAGGAGCAUCUUCUAGCCAGCCAGGAGAACUUAGAGGAAGAAAAAUUAUGAAACAUUUAGUAGAUAUCAGAGAACUAAAUGAACAGGCCAAAGUAAUAGAUGAUCUUAAAAAAUUAGGUGCAAGUGAAGGAACCAUAAACCAGGAAAUUCAAUGUUACCAACAGUUAGAAUCUGUGGCUGUGAAUUACAUUCGAAGAGAUGUUUGUAAAAAAUUACGGGGAUCCAGUAUGCGAGCUGCUUCCUAAAGGAUAAGUGGGGUUUGGGUUACAAACCAAGUUAUACUCGAUCUAAAAGCAUUUCUGUUUCUGGAAGACUGCCUCUUAAGAGAAUGGAAAGAUCAAG